AUGCAACAUUUGACUAUUUGCAGUCAACGCGCAAUCGAGAAUGAUCUUCACUCUUGGCAUACCGAAGAGAAUGCAAACACAUCCUGCCUGGACGCCGUUGAAGUCGAAGCCGCAACUUUAUCAUCGAUCUAUAGUUUCUGUAACAGCGAUUCGUUUCUUAAUGACAAAAGAGGCAGAGUUGUCCGUUGCAGCAUACUCCCACAAGUUAAUGCUCUCGAGCGAGUUGCACGCUAA